AUGAGCGAUAGUGGGGGUGGUGCUUGCGCUUUCAAUCUCAUGCUCACCGUCGUGGUAAUCGUCCUUUUAUGUCUGUACUCAUUUCCCAACCCCCCGAAGCUAUCUAUAGAGGAACUCUCGGUUCCAGCCUUCACCAACUCGGCUGACCAGACCGCCGGAAACAUCUAUUUCGACCUUAAACUAAGAAAUAUGAAUAAGGCAAUCGGUCUUUACUACGAUGACCCAUUAAGCAUCGCCUUCUUUUAUUACCCAUACGAUGAUCCCUACCAGAAGUAUGCGUGGGCAGGCACUAUCCCAGCUUUUUACCAAGGUAAUGGUAACACUACGCAUAUCAGAUCCCUCAAGGAGAACGACCUCCAAUUUCCAUCUACCGUGGUAGUUGACCCCGAAGAGAAAACUCUAGAUCUGGUAAAGACUGGUCAUGCGAGAGCGCUGCUCAAGGAUCACCUCCAGCUGCCAUCUACGUUGGCAGAGACUCGUAAGGGCAUGGUGGGUCGGAUACAGGCAGUGAAUAUUAGGAUCGCCGUGGUUAUUAAUUAUAGAUUCAACUACUGGGUCGGAUCAGCUAAGCAUCAACUCGAGCUGGGUGGUAACACAGUCGUUGACCUUAAUACCGGUGAGAUGGUUUCGCUUGGAAGCCUUGAGUUGGUAGAAUCCGCAGCCCCCGCAGGAGGACCAGUCAUGCUAGUGGUACUUUUUACUUCGUUUCUUCUUAUUAAAAUGUAG